AUGUCUUCCGUUAACAUCGAAAACGAUCCUAAGGUCCUGUCAGAAGCGACCACUAUCACAAACGACAAGGAAGCUUCUAAUAUUUAUGAAUACCCUGAAGGGGGUGUCAAAGCCUGGUUGGUUGCCGCAGGAGGAGCAUGCAUCUUUUUCUCAGCUCUAGGCUUCGCCAACUCAUUCGGAGUCUUCGAAGAGUAUUUCCUCACCCACCAAUUGAAAAAAGAGUCCGCCGACACUGUGGCAUGGAUCGGAUCCAUAGCCUCAUUUCUUCAAUUUGCAGCCGGCGCAAUUGGCGGGCCAUUAUUCGACAGAUACGGUGCAUGGAUUCAGGUGAUUCGCCCAGCAGCAAUUCUCUAUGUCUUUGCUAUUAUGAUGACAAGUCUGUGCCACAAAUACUGGCAGUUCAUGCUCGCACAGGGAGUGUUAAUGGGAAUAGCCAUGGGCCUGAUUCAGUUUCCAGCCAUGGCCGCCGUGACACAAUACUUUGACAAGAAGCGAGCAGCCGCCCUGGGUGCGGUGAUUUCUGGAUCCUCAAUUGGUGGUGUGGUUAUGCCGAUCGCGCUAUCUAAGAUGCUGAACAGCACAAAUCUCGGAUUCGGAUGGUCUGUACGGAUCAUUGGGUUCAUCGUGACUCCGCUCCUCGCUUUCUCAUGUCUCACCGUUAAGCCGCGACUACCGCCGCGAAAGACGAAUUUCUUCACCCCCGCUGCCUUUAAGGAUUCCCGAUACGGACUGAUUACUGCUGCUAUGUUCUUCAUGCUCAUUGGUAUGUUCGCACCGUUGUUUUAUGUCCCCACGUAUGCUGUUACGAGGGGCAUGGACGCGACGCUCGCUUCUUACCUGCUUGCUAUUCUCAAUGCCGCGUCGACGUUCGGUCGCAUUAUCCCUGGAAUCCUGGCAGACAAAUUCGGUCGACUGAAUGUGUUUACAAUCGGUGGAAUCACGACUGGUAUCGUGAUAAUGUGUUUGAAUGAGGCCAAGUCUACGCCUGCUUUGGUGGUGUACUCGCUCGCUGUGGGUUUCUCUUCAGGGACCAUUAUUUCGGGCGGGUCCGCUGCCUUGACGAUCUGUAUCAAGAACCCGCAAGAGGCUGGUGCGUAUAUGGGAAUGGGAAUGGGGAUUGCUUCACUGGCAGCUUUAAUUGGGCCUCCUGUUAAUGGUGCAUUUGUAACUCAUUACGGGGGUUUCUCGCAGAUGUCUAUUUUUAGUGGGGUUAUGUGCAUAUUUGGUGGGUUCAUUGCGCUUGGAGCCAAGGCUGUUACUCCACAGGGGAUUUUUGGACGGACAUGA